CCGGCCACAGCCUACGAGCAGAGAUUCUAUGCAUAUGACAGCACACGGAAAGCAUACUAUCGGCACAUGCAUGGCAACCCGAACAGUCCGCUUCUCAACUUGACCAACACAGAUGUACAAAACGAAUUGAUAAAAGUCAUACAAUUCUGGGUGAAACAUUUGAAUAUCAAAGGGGUGAUGAUUACAAAUUCCACAAAUGUGAUUACGGAAUUGAUGCCGGGAAUGCGUCAAAUAUUGGGUAACAUCACGGAUGAACAAUUUAUGUGGUUUGCCGACAGCCCAACCAUUGAUCAAGAACUCAACCCACGCAAUAAGGUUUGUCUGCACGAAAUUCGGAUCAAUCGGCACGUGCCAACUCGAACAGAUGAUCUGGUGGCGCAGAUAACACAAGUUAUGAACAAUACACAGUUCUCCACCUGCAGUCCGAUCUGGCAAGUGAAGAUUCUUUUGGACGAUAUCAAGGAUUUUGAGACGGUUCAGCGCUUGGCCUACUUUUUACCUGGCAGCUUCUUAAUGGUUGCUGGACAAGAAGUUGAUCUGGUCACAGGUACAACGGAACUGAUUCACUGGGGUUGGGGGAAGUACACAAGUUAUGAAACGUAUUGGCCAAAGAAUAAUCAACUCACACAGGAAGGUCGGACUCGUUUACAAAGCUGGACCACGUAUUGGCAAGCCGCGUCCGGACUCAGCUUGCUAGGCACGGCAGUCAACGCCGGUCAUCUGGUAAUUAUCCAAGGUCGUCAAAACGAAGAUCUUUUAGCCCUGUAUCGAGACUACACAGCCGAUGGGGACAGAGUCUAUUUUGUGGUGAGCUUUCAGACCUUAAACACCAUGGUAUCGUUUGGGCCAAUAUUUCACGACCUAAAUUCUCCCACAGUGGACGUGGCUUAUGACACAAAAAGGACUGGUGAAACCGGGUUGCCAAACGAAUUACGCAAACCAGAAAAAUUGAAACAGUUUCCGGGUAACUUGCAGGCUGAGCGCACGGGCUCGAACGGGUUUGUUAUCCGCACGGUCCCGUUCACUCUAACCUCGUAG